AUGAGAAUUCGAGAGAACGAAACGGGGACACAACUGUCUACAGAGCAGAUAAACGAUCUGGUGCGAGCCAUAUUGGCCGACCGGGCCACACGCGACAAACACAAUGGCAACGGUGCCAACCUAGCUGGGCAGCCAGCAGACGUGGACAACGUCCACGAACCCAGAGACCCAGUACACCCUAGCUGGGAUACACGUGUGGCUCUACAGCGAUGGCGAAAUGACGCCAUAAACAAUCACGAAUACACCGAGAUCCCUGACCAAGGGAUAAUAUUCGAUGAUAAGGGCAUGCCCAUGGAGCGGCCCGCUCAUCAGACUAACGGCGUAACCAAUGAGAGAGUGGCGACGGCCGCCCCGGCACGCCCCAAGCGCGUAAAAACCGCAGUAACAGUGCUGUCUGACCGUAACCCAGGCCACACGGCCCCUGGUCAUGGGGGAGACCCAGCCACUAAUUGUUGCUCAUCGCGAUACAACAUUUCGGCAACCCAGCCGUAUGCAGAGCUGCCCCCAGUGGGUUGGAGAGCUAGAUCGAGAAAUCGAUCCUUGUCGAGCCUAGGUGACGACAACGGCGACGGGGAACCCCAUCGCAGAGAAACCGCCCGCCUGCGUAUGGGCGAACUCAAUGAUGUGGAUGUCAAUCGGAGGCACCGGUCACGACUCACAUCAGAAGACCUGGAUGUGGGAAGGCAUGAACUGCCUGGACAAUCAUCGUCCUAUCAACGUGCCAUCGAACACCGAUAUCUGACGUUAAUAAAUGAUCAAUUAGGAGAGCAGUUGGUGCUACCCAACGGGCUGAAGCCACCAUCGGGUAUUCCGAAACCCGACAAGUAUUCGGGAGAUGCAGACGUUGAGAUAUUCAACAAUUGGCUGCAAUCGCUGCUGAGGUGGCUCCGCCUCCAACUAUAUGGAGGCGCUGAAAGGGACAGUGAAUGUGUAGCCAUGGUCGGCCUAUUCGUCGACGGAAAAGCGGCAACAUGGUACAACGACGAGGUCGAUGGAAUGUACCGACGCCACCGUUCGUGGAUGUUCACGAGAGUCAUACUAGACAUGUACGACCGGUUUGUACAGCCCACUGCGAUGCAAGAUGCCACUGAGCAAUUCUACGCCGUUGAAUACACGGGCAGCGGAGGCGUGAGGGGCUUCUACGACGAGCUCGACCGUAAGGCCGCGCGUAUGAUUCAUUCGGUGGAUGCCUAUACAUUCAGGCGACAGUUCUUAAUGGGACUGCCCUCGUACAUCAGGAAUGUGAUAAUCAACCGUGGAUAUACGGCGGAACGACACCGCCUGAAAGAGAUAUACCGCGUUGCCAUCCAAGUGGAGGAAGGACGGAUAAUUACUAAACAUUACGCGGCUGCUAGCUUGAAACGAGCAGCAAACACCAACGCGAAUGGCGAAAGGCCGCCAUCGGGGAACCGUAGGUUCGCCAGGCACCCGCACCACAAUGGCAACGAGGGCAAAUCAAGCCCGCAUGUUCCGCGUAGAGGGGAACCAAAUACUACUGCAAGGUUGACGCCGCCCAUCAAUAACGCUCGCAAUGAACGGAAGGACGAGCGGCCUGGGAAAGGACCCAUAAUUAAUCGUGCCACACGGCCCAACGCGCCUAGGCAGACACAAUCAGGGCCAUCCCAGGCGCGAUGCUACGCGUGUGGCAACUUGGGACACUUUGCGAGUGACCCAGCAUGCCCGAAACGGGAGCAGCCGAAAAUGUUUGCUGCACGAGACGUGAACGAUCAUGAUGACGGACGAUCGGCGGUGUCUAUGGCACAGGACCAGCGGUCAGUAGCGGAAGCUGGAGGCAUGACCAGCGCCAACGUCGACGGUGAUUGA